AGAUCUUACUCCCUUUGGCAUUUUACACUUUACUUGUACAAUCUUUCUCUUUUUUUCUUAAAAAAUAGAAAUUCAAAAAAUACAGUUCAAGUGUUCAUCAUAUUCGGGCAUGCAAGACUUUUCUGACAUUUUUAAAAUAAUAAAAAAGCCCAAGAUGGGAAAGGAGGUUGUGUCCUCCUGACCCACAUUUUUACAUUUUGGUUAAAAAGUCUCUAGAGGGUACAAAGUGACCCCCUUUGUCAUUGGAAACACAUAGGAGCAUUCUGUGUGCCACUGUCCAUAACCACAUAGAUAUGUUACCCAAGGGAGCUCAUCAAGUCUUCAAACAUUAAGCAAGCACAACACAUAUAAGAAACCAUACUGGGGAAGAAAGACGUCCCUUACUCUGCAGAAGCUUAAAACCAGGAGCUCAUCCCUUCAAGGAAUCUACAGCCCCCAGACAGAUCAUAACAUUAGGUCCACCAAAGCCCACAAGGCAAGAAGUUCAGGGGAGAAAGAAGUCAUAACCACCUUGGAAAACUCUCUACUUGCUUUAUCAGAACUCAAAGGCCAAUUUCUCACCUCCAGCUUUCUUCACUAGUGCUUAUUGACCAGUAUUGGGAGGACCAAGCCAAGAGUAAAGCUAGGGUGGCAGAGGCCAUUAAACAAACAAUAAUAAUAAUUGCAAAGGACAGAGCUAAAGAAACAUGUGAGUUUCCCCUGAGCACCCAAUUGUGUGACUGAAAAAAUGGAUUAAUUUGUAUUUCUAAUGGAUAUUAAAACAAGAAUCAUGUGAAUACGCUAAAACAAAUUGAAGGUCAAGCAAUGAAAAGUGUUAGGAAGUACGUUUUCCUUCCACCCUCAGAAGUAGCCUCUCUCAGUUGGUUCUUGGGCUCCUUCAUGAAAGGGUUCUGUGUAUUUUUAAUGGCCUCAAGUUCAGAGAGGCUCAAGCCACCUAGCCCAUCAGGCCUGGCCCCAAGGAUGGGUCUGAAAAAUGGGCCUUGGAGAAUUAAAGCAGGGCCUGACUCCACCAGGCCCGGUCAAGUUCAGGCCAAGCACAUUGUCCAUCCACUGGGAGAUGGAAAGGGAGAGAGGAAAGCAGGCCCUCCUACUCACAGGCCACUUGGCAACUUUACUAGGCACUAUCCACCCUUUAGGCAAAAGUGAAGUAUGUGAUGGGCAUAAAAGGUGGACAGGGGAGUCAUUCUCACAAAUUCCAAGGUUUUAAGGGCGCCCAAGGCAGGCAGGCCCAGUCGCUGUUUGAAGCUUCCUUUAGGGCGGGAGGGUGAAGGUGGGGGGGGGGGCUCAGGGCCGUGCCUUGAUGAGGGGAGAUGCUUUUAAACAGCUGCCUUUCAAAAACCGUUAUCUCUGCUUCUCUGAGAAGCACCCAGCUGUUGUUUGUCCUUCAAGACAGCAAAUCCGGUUGUUUGUCUCCCUAUUCCGUGAUAUUAUAAAGUAAUGAAUGGUCCAUUAAACUAAGUUUGGGCGCCUGGCUCCCCACAGCCACUUCCUCGCCGGCACCCUCAGCCGGAGAGGCCGUAGGCGCGGGCUGCAGCCUAGCAGCCUCAGUCCUCCUCCCUCCACCUCACCCCCUCCUCCCUCCCUCUCCAGCACCCUCCUCCCCUCGGUUAUUUGGGAGAUUAGAGUUCAUUAAUUAAAUCCUGUGCUUAGAUCGAACUGUAACAUUAUUCCAAUCACAUUUAUCUUGCAGGCGGCGGCGGAGAUGGCAGCCUUGCUGGAAACGCGCGGGGGAGCCUGAGCCGGCGGCCGGGGACGCACGGCGCUGCGCGCUCCAUCGCCACGCCGCCGCGCAGCCCCUCCAUCUUCCUGCUCUGAGCUCGGCCCCGCGCGCCCCUGCCUGGGGGGGUCCCGUUCCUCUCCAGGACUCCUGCCUGCCCCCCCCCCGCCCUUGCCGCUCUCCCCCAACCCCCCGACCGGGUCCCCCUCCUCCGCCACACGCGCUCACACGCCGCGCGCGCGCGCGCGCGCACACACACACACACACACACACACACACUCCAGCAAGCUGCUGGCCGCUCAAUGGACCGAUUUCCCCGGUUUCCCUGAACCCAACCCAGCCCGGGAUGAGAAACUGCAAAAUGGCCCGGGUCGCCAGUGUGCUGGGGCUGGUCAUGCUCAGCGUCGCCUUGCUGAUUUUAUCGCUUAUCAGCUACGUGUCCCUGAAAAAGGAGAACAUCUUCACCACUCCCAAGUACGCCAGCCCGGGGGCGCCCCGAAUGUACAUGUUCCACGCGGGAUUCCGGUCACAAUUUGCGCUGAAGUUUCUAGACCCGUCAUUUGUGCCCAUUACGAAUUCUCUCACCCAGGAACUCCAAGAGAAACCUUCUAAGUGGACAUUUAAUCGGACAGCGUUUUUACAUCAAAGGCAAGAAAUUCUUCAGCAUGUCGAUGUAAUAAAAAAUUUUUCUUUGACCAAGAAUAGUGUUCGGAUUGGACAACUGAUGCACUAUGAUUAUUCCAGCCAUAAAUAUGUUUUCUCUAUUAGCAAUAACUUCCGGUCACUGCUUCCAGAUGUGUCACCCAUUAUGAACAAGCAUUAUAAUAUUUGUGCUGUGGUUGGAAAUAGUGGGAUCCUGACAGGGAGCCAGUGUGGACAAGAAAUAGAUAAAUCAGAUUUUGUUUUCCGUUGCAAUUUCGCCCCUACGGAGGCUUUCCAAAGAGAUGUUGGAAGAAAAACCAACCUUACCACCUUCAACCCCAGCAUCCUGGAAAAAUAUUACAACAAUCUCUUGACUAUUCAGGAUCGUAACAACUUUUUCCUCAGUUUAAAAAAGCUUGAUGGGGCCAUUCUUUGGAUCCCUGCAUUUUUCUUCCACACUUCAGCAACUGUGACCAGGACAUUAGUUGACUUUUUUGUUGAACACAGAGGUCAGUUAAAAGUCCAAUUGGCUUGGCCGGGAAAUAUAAUGCAACAUGUCAACAGGUACUGGAAAAACAAACAUUUGUCACCUAAACGACUGAGCACAGGUAUUCUUAUGUACACCCUUGCAUCAGCAAUAUGUGAAGAGAUCCACUUAUAUGGAUUUUGGCCUUUUGGAUUUGACCCCAACACAAGGGAAGAUCUUCCAUACCAUUACUAUGACAAAAAAGGAACCAAAUUUACCACCAAGUGGCAGGAGUCCCACCAGCUGCCUGCUGAGUUUCAGCUGCUGUACCGAAUGCAUGGGGAAGGGCUCACCAAGCUGACUCUGUCACACUGUGCCUAAGAACUCCGAACGGAAAGUGCCAAAUGGCUGUUUAAAAAGUGCCCCAAAUCAAAUUGAAUAGUCUUCAGAAUAGAACCCUAGAGAAUGUUUUAUAAGGAUUGUCUGCCAUUUAAAGGGAAAGAUGUCUUUUCUCUUUUGCACUGCUCUUUUAAGAGUUUUAGCAGAUUUAGCAGGACAUGCAUUGAAGCCACAUGGUUUAGACUUGAUUGAUAAAGAGAAUGUUGCAUUUGGAACUAUGCUGCUAAUGAAAUGGUUUGAAGUAUUUUCAUGUUUAGAUUUUAAUAAUAAACUGCCUCUCAUUUUUAUGAGGAUCAGAGCUAUAGUUUCUGCAGCUCUGCUCAGAUACAGUCCUCAUAAUCAGAGGCGUCUGGCCAACUGGGGCAGUAUCUGUUUUCCUGAUGGGAUCAGACUGUGAAAAAUGGAAAUGUAAAAAACUGGUUUGCAUAUCUCAUCUUCUAUCUAUCUCCCUGUCUCUAUCACCAUCAUCAUCCCCUCUAUCUCUCUCUCUCUCUCUCUCUCUCUCUCUCUCUCUCUCUCUCUCUGUCUCCCCAACCACUCCCUGCCCUACCACCAUGGAAUUUAAUAAUUUGCUAGGAAUCCUAUUGAAUUCGCUUUGCUUGUAUGUGUUGCAUUUGUAUUUGAUGUGUUUAAGGUUCUGGGUAACUUUGAUGUUUCAUGACAAAAUGAGCAAAUCAUGAUGGACCCCCUUGUGAUUCCUUUUUUUAAAAAUGCCUCUGAUGCAGUCCUCACUAGUCCAUUCAGUCAUUCUACAGCAGUAUGGUCCCUCUGUGGUGAGUGGGAUACAGGGCAGUGCAUCUUUCAUGAUCACAAAGAAAGGCUAGGUCAUGGGUGGCAUUGCAUCGCUCCACUUAGGCAUUAUUAUGGCAAAUGAUAGCACUGUGGCCACAUCUCAAGGCCAUUCCAGCCUAAAUUUAGUGCCUCCCAUGAUCCCAACCCAUGCAAUGGGCUGGGUCUUGUCUCAGAAUAUAGAGGCAAUGAAUCAGCUUAAGACUCUGGGACACAUAAAGGAAAAGGAAGAAGAAUACUUAGAAGUUGUUAUGGAAUCCUGUGUACCCUAAAGUGUGGUAACCAUGUUACCCAUUCCAGCUGAGAUAAAGUGGAGGAGGAGCUUGGCCAGGCCAGGCACCCAUGUGAAUAGUGCUGAGGUACAAUCAUUUUCCAUAUCAUUCUGUGCACACCCACCAAUCCAGAACCAUUUAUUCUCUUUGAGAACAUUGUAGCACUGGAUAUUUCCUCUUUCCACCAAAGUCAGAGCUAUACAUUUACAAAUAAAGCAUUUCAAAAGAAAAAGCCAUUGUGCAGUGGCAAGAGUUGGAAUCCAAGAUUAUGUAGAUGUGCCAUGAAGGAAGUCACUGGCCAUUCUCAUUUUCUUUAUUUCAGCCUUAUGAGUAGAAAUCAAAUCAUUCCCAUUCCUUGCUUUUUACUGAGCAGCACUUUGUUCUUCCAAUUCUGCCCAAAGUCUGGCCAAGUUGAUGUUAAAUUUUAAUAAGAGUUUCUUUCUUCUUUCCAAAUGCCAGUCAAGGAUAUUUGUUACGAAUUUGAGUGGGGCAGCUCAUUCUUUUCCUGAAAUCUAGAUUGCUCGCAAUACGACAAAUAACCGUUUUAAAAAUGUGCUGCAGCUCAGUAAUCAGCUCAUUGCCCCUCUUUAGGAAGGUAUGAUCAUGCCUAAAAUUAAACUAAAUAUGGCAAAGAAAGACACCACCCUUAUGCUCACAUUCUACCUGAUCCUAACACUGCCUUCUUAUUCUUUUCAGAAAGCAAUCUAAUUAGAGCAGCUUGCAUAGAUCCAGAUAUUAACUAACGAAAUCAACACCAAGUUCAAAUGUGUUACCAACUGUGACACACAUUACCAUAUAAUUAUAAGAGGAGAUAUUCAAAACAUUUUUAAUUCAGUGGUAUAAUUUAAUUGGUAUCACAACCACACCAUGUUUGUUCCCUGUCCCUUUGGGGUUUUUUGUUUUGUUUGGGAUGAAGUCUUACUCUGUUGCCCAGACUGGGGUGCAGUGGCGCGACCUCAGCUCACUGCAACAUCUGCCUCCCGGGUUCCAGUGAUUCUCCUGCUUCAGCCUCCCAUGUAGCUGGGAUUACAGGUGCCUGCCACCACGCCUGGCUAGUUUUUGUAUUUUUAGUACACAUGGGGUUUCACCAUGUUGGUCAGGCUUGUCUUGAACUCCUGACCUCAAGCAAUCCACCCGCCUCAGCCUCCCAAAGUGCUGGGAUUACAGGCAUGAACCACUGCACCCGGCUCCUAUUCUCUGUCCCUUGGAAGAGGACUGUACUGUCCUCACAUUGCACUCUGUUGGGAUCACUGAGAGACUGCUAACUGACAGAAAUGUUUAGUUGGCUGUUCCUGUGCUCUUAGUUCAUUUGGUUACAGCUAAGUGAUAUUAAUGCCAAUAUUACAUGGGCCAGAUUCUGACUCUGGAGUUUUAAUCCCAGCGUGCCCAUUCAUUUUCACUAAAUAUAAAUGCAUAGACACUUUAAAUGAAAGCAGGUUGAAAGAGGAAAAGACCAGAAUCUCUAAAAACAGUUUAUUGUUCUGUAGUAGACUAUUUAAAUUUUAUCUCAUCAUAAUGCCAAGGAUUUUUUUUUUGAAGUUCAGAGAGAUUUUUUAAAUCUCACUGCAUUCUUGCCUCCAUCUUAACCUUAGAGUAGGAGGACCUUCCCAUCCUCCACCACCAUGUCAUCUAUCACUUUAAUGAAAACUCAAAAUACUGAGGAAAUGGACUUCUCUUCGGAACUUGAGGGCUUUAGAGAUCAGGCUCAUCUCUGCUUUUAAGGGGGACUUCCCAGAGAUGAUCCCAAUAGAUCACCCUUCUCUUUUGAAGAAUAGCAGUUUCUAGCUGAUCAUGCAAAAUCUGUUUGUUUUUUAAAGACUGUUUCAAAUCUAUACAACCACUUUUAUGACCAAAAAAGUUUGUGUGCCCCAAGUGUCCUGAUUAGAAAGGCAGCUGGCUGUCCUGCAGCACCCAGGCUUAUGUAGUCAAGUGCAGUGAACUGAGCAGUAAUCAGCUCAGGACCAUUGGCUCUUUCCUCCUCAGUCAGCUUCAGAUACAUGCCCUGGCUUUUGCACUGACCUUGAUUUGUUGGUUCUAGACUAAUUAUAUCCUUUUGUCAGAGCCUUUCCCUUUUUCAGGACAUUCAUAGCAGAGUCCAUCUCCAACUAUUGGAAUACAUUCUACCAUAAAGCCCCCAAGGCUCUCUACCCCUAACACCAACACAUAACCAAUUAAGUUGCAGAAAAGGGAAAUAAUCACAAACAUUUGGCAACCUGCUUGAUGCUAGACCCUCGGUUUUCAUUGUUUAUUCUGAGUGUCAUAUGCAGACACAGAUCCAAGGGAGACAGGGUUAAAUGGUGGUUUCAAGAAUUCCUCCCAUGCCCCAACAAUCUCUCCCAUAUUUGAUUAUUAAAAUGUCUAUCAUUUCUCCACCUUGUGUCUGUGUCGUAAGUGUCUGUGACUAUUGUAAAACUGCUGUAUGUUUAGUAGCAUUGUGUGCCUGGCAGUGCUGACUAUGACUGUUGUGCCAUCUGUCUGUGACAUUGAUGUCAGGUACCUGGUCAUGGGGCUACCAGCAAGGGUGUGCAAAGGAAGAACUGCUGCCCCUGCCUCCAGCCUCCUUAUGCCCAAGCCACUACUUAUCCAUGAAUGUGAGUGCCAAGACAAACCUAAUUUGGUGGGGAAGCCAAAGAAUGAGAGAACAUGUCUUCUGAUUUGAGUCAAGCCACUAAUGAUUAGACACUCUCAGACGACAAAGCGGUGUUGACCUGAAGUCAAAGGAAGCAGGGAAAACAUUCUAGAAUGCUAGGACACUGGAAAUGAAGAGGCCUAUGGCUUCUUCAGUUUUGAUUGUUGACUUUGCAAAUGAGAAAAUGGAGAAAGAGAGAGGCUAGGUGAUUUGCCCAAGAUGACACAGUCCAUUAGUGGAGAAAUUAUGAUUCCUCAUCUAGAGCUUCUUGGCCUUAUUAGAAUUAAGUGAAGCUGGGCUCACAGGGAUUUUAGUCAGGGAUCUGCAGGGCAUGUAAGUUAGAAAGGCUAUAAAAGAGGAGAAAAGGUUCUCCCCUCCCAAAAAUUACUUCCCAACACAGAAUAAUAAGGGAAAUGCUUGUGUGGGUAUGCAACUGUCCACCGAUUAUCACCUUCCUUCUCCCUGAGAUGAAAGAAAACUCUCUUGGUAAAUCAUGAUUUGGUAAUUAACAAUUUAGUUACUGGUGGUUCAUGCUUGAUGGCUGGAAUCUUACCCAAUAAGCUAUUCAUCUUAAUAAAGCCUUGUUUUAGUAACAUGUAUGCAUAGUUUAGAAGUUGAAGGCUGAAAAUGGUUGUGUACUUCUCCAUAUAUAUAACUUUCAUCAGGGGUCACUUGAGUUAAGAAAUGCCUUCUAUUUUAUAGGUAAUCUCAACAGCAUACUUUGAAAUAUUGUGUUUGGUUCAAUAUGCUAAUAAUAUAUACAAAUAAUUUUGUGUGUCUUCAUGUGCAAAAUGACAAACUGAGCAAUUUUCUGUAUAAUUCUGGAUUCUUAAAACCUUUUUUCCCAUAAUUGUUUGAAUGCACUAGGCAAAAGUUUCUGUUUAAGCCUCUACUUCUCCCUGAAUGUGUAGAACUGUUCUUUUGCUUACAGAGGGGCUGUGUGUUUGUGGCUGGAGAGCCCAGAUGGACCACUCUGGGUGCUGGGGAUUGAGGGCACCUUGGCCAGCUGAUUGACCUGUCUGGACUCUGUGGCCCAAUUAAUCAAGGCAACAGAUCAGUUGGUACCAAGCACCAAAAUGAUUCAUUAUGCCUCUCUCAUGCUCCAAUUGCUUUGCCACAUAGAUACAACAUUUGAAAUAGGAAACAUUUUAGAAGUCAUUAUUGUAUUACGUAUUGUUGUAUUAUGCAGUAUUUCUGAAAAUUUAUUUUUAUUGUGAUGACUUAUGAUUGAAGACAUAUGUGUUUGAAUAGAUGUUCCUCAAUGAAGCCUGUUCUCUUGUUGUUGAUGACAGUGGCAUCACAGUGAAGAGCUGCUGCAGAUUAACUGACUUCAGUUUAAGGUAACCAUGGGGUUCUGUGGUUAGGACUUGGAUUAUGUAGCUGAUCCCCAGCAAACACAGCUGUAUGAAAUAAGCAACUCUUCAAAGUACAACUCUUGCUCCCCACUCCAGACCUUUGAUUCAUAAUGUCCUGGGAUAAGUCCAACUUAAAAAGAUUCCCAGGUGAUUCAUGUGGCCAGCAUUUGGAAACAAAUAAUAUAUACGUAGGGAGUUAUCUAUACCACUUUGAACAAAGUAGCUAAAUGUUUAUCCCUCCUCGUGCCAUUGGUUUCACAUGUUCCUUGAAGUUAUCAUGGUAGAUGGCAAUAUAGACACAGUCUUAGUGAUUCAAUAAUUCACCUGUUUCCGCUGAAUUGACCAGCCGCUAAUUUAUAAGCAAAUAGUAACUGAUCAGAAAGGGAUGCAAAGCCGAAGACAAGGUGGAGAGCAUAGCUUUAAUAUACGCUUUAUCUCAAGUCCAGCUCUUCAUAUUUCCCUCUUUACAUUUCAAACUAAGAGAUAGAUCUCAGGUCACUCAUCUUUAGGACUGGUGAGAUUGAGAAGCAAGGAACUUAAAUAGUUCAUGCAGAUUCCAUUUGGAAGUAAUUCCUAGAGCCUAAAAUAUUUCUCUAAGGGGUCUGAUUUAUCAGCCUCAGGUGAUAUCCAAAACGCAAAUGUAUUCAGGCUAAAAUGAAACCAAUCAAUAAAGGAAAUUCAAGAGACUCCAGUUCUAAGACUAACCCAGUAUAAGAGGGGUGGUCAGUUACUACUAGUGGCCUUGUACCCGCCUCUGUUGGAUAAUGUGCCACCAUCCUAAUGAAGCUUUGGCCAGACUUCUUUCUAUAGCUGUGCAUGCAGAAAGGCUUUAGACAACAGUGAUACCAAAGGAUUCCUUCAAUUCUUCUGUGUGAUUCUUAGACAGUCUUAGCUCUUUGGUGUGCCGCCAAAUGUUUAACAACUGACUCUGGAAAGCAGUGGAACCCAGAUUUUUAGCACCUACCAAUUUCCAUGGUGUAAAUACUCUCAUCUCAGCCAAUUUCAAGCUACUAACUUAAUGUCAACCAGCUGAAAACACAACAAAAUGUUUUCAAGAGCCAGUAUAAGUUGGCUCCAAUACAGCAUGAGUCAGCUCCAGCACGGCACUGCCUGAACAAUUUUUAAGUCAGUGAAUACCAAAUAGGAAAAGCUAGCAGCAGCUUUGGAGGGGCUUUUAAAUAUCCCCUCCACCAAGGGGAGCAUUUCCAUAUUGGUUAGUUUUACUUAUUUUUAGUAAAAGAUCAUAUUAUUGGGUCCUAAGGUUUUCAAAUAUUCCACGUGACUCUUAGGAACUUCUCAACAGACUCCUCAGUACCUUAGGAAAUUACCAUCCAUGGCUUUUCUGAUUUCUAAGGGUGACCCUCCAGAAAAACAUUCUUUAACUACCAGUUAAAACCAUGUUUGGCUGAUCUUUAAAAUAUACAUAUAUAUAUGCCAAUAGUUCAUCACUUGUUGCCCCCCUCAUCCUUCUGACACACACACACACACACACACACACACACACACACACACACACAAUUACAGGCAUUCACAAAAUAGUUUCUGCAAAUGAGCAGGGGAAUAACAAGGCACCCCAUAAGCUCACUUGGCUCUGUAUCUCUGGAAAGCCUUUGGAAAGGCUUUGGAAAGGUUCCAAAGUCUCUACUCCACCAGGGAACACCCAGUAAACAUCAUGCCUAGAGUUUAAGUUGUACUCAGCUGGAGUUGAUUUACCCUCAGAAAAGUUUCCAGUGGUCAAGAAAUACCACUAAAUAGGAAUAUUUCUGGGCAAGUUCAUUGCUGACUAGACAAACUUUUCAGGAUAAGUUGUCAUGUGAUGCUUUGCUGUUAGCUAAGCUAAUAACUGGACCAUGAAAAACAAAAAUCUACCAACACACAUUUGGCCACUGCAGUCCCCUGGCAUUGAGCAAUAGAGCAACUGUCCUUCCUCACCGCUAGUUGUGAGUAUACUUCCAACUGAGUGUUUAGAAAUCAGAUACCAUGGUAAUCCACAGAACAAGCUUUGUUUGCAAAUUGGAAGUUUUUCUGGUAGAAGCAAUAUUUAGGUGGGCUUAAUUAAAUCUUUUGGAAGGCAAUGCUGGGGAAAAUUUUUUUGCCUAAUUCCUUGGACACAGUGAGUGGCCAUAAGUUGUUAUUCUGCAAGUAGUAAAUCAAAAUUAGAUCAUGAAGGACCAAAUCUCCUUUCCUUGCUGUAAGAAAAUACCCUAUGAGUUCCAUAAGGCAUUUCUAAACUGUAAAUGCUUAAAAUGCAAGUUGGACAUUUUCUAUUCUAUAUGUAAAAUGCUAGGUUAUAUCUGUUUGCCUUCUUCCUAAUGGUCAUUGAAAUGAGCUUGUUUCUCUACAUUGAGCAAGUUAUAUUUUAUUUUAAAUGCAUCAGCCACAUAUUCAGAUAUUUGUCUGUAUAUCCAAGAAGUUGCAUGCAGCCUGAGCACAAGUAUGCCUUCACCCUUUGGCUUUUUUCCUGACACCAAAGAGAGAAGUCCACAGCUGCAAGCACAAGGGACUUGGCAGGUACACCUUGUUUUCUUAUGAACAAAUUCACAGCAAAACCAUUACUGAGGAACCAGCCACUCCCAUAAUAUUUUUAGCCUUAGGGAAGAAAAUUGGUAGGGAAGAAAAACUGGCAGACAGUGGGAGAGAGGUUUGGUCAAUGUGUGUAAGUAGAAUAAAGUCAUUGAAGUACUUGAAGAAAGAGGAGACAGUUUCCCUCUGAAAUAUGGAAUCUAGACCAUUUUGUAAGACUGAGAAUAACUGUACCCCAUAUUAGAAAUGCUCUUUCGCCAUAUUUCAAGAUCCAGAUCUGAACUCAUACUGUGCAGACAAGCACAAGAUCUCUUACACCCUGGGAGUUUGCUGACAGGGUGAGAUCCAGUUACCAGGCAUCAUUAGUUAGCACUGAAAUUCUCCCAGAACACACACAAAUGUAUUGAAACAUCACAAUACUCUAUCAUUUACUCACAUGGGACACUACCUAAGUCCAUAGCCAAACUUUACAGAUGCAGAUGUUAUCUCAGGUCAGGAUUCCAGAUCAACGUCCUUCGUAUGGAGAUGACACAAGUGAGGUUCAGAAAGUUGGAGUGGCUUCUCUGCAAAGCCAGCUAACUGGAAUCAGAGUCUGGGUCUCCCAACCACUGAUUCUGCUACACCACACUGCUGCUUCUGUUAGUUAGAUGGACAUUGACAAUCCAUUGUGGAAGCAUAAAUUAGAAGUCAAGACAAAAGAAUGCUUGUGAUAUCUUCUCUCACUUUGGUUUCACCAUUUCAUUUUAGCAUCAUUUUAAAGAAUAGUAUAUCAGUACAGAAUGAGGACCAAAGCUCUUUAAAAGUAAUGAUGAAGCCAAAAGGUUAAAAAGUAGAAGAACAGAGAAUGUAAGUUAUUAAAUAAAUGAGCAAGAAGUACGUGUCAGGGAAAAUAAACACUUCUUAUAUUGUUAAUACCAUGAUUCCCUGCCCCUCACCCCCUCACUCACACACUUAAUGCAUUUGUUUCGGAAAAUGCCAUUUUAUGCUGAGAUACUGAUAUUGAAGGCUUCCCUCUUUCCUAACUCUAUCAGAAGUCCUCUUUCUCUUUGGAAGAAGCCAAGGGCCUUACGAAUCAGACUGACCUCUCUUGUGACAGGCAGCCUUGCCUGCCCUAGGAAACAAACCGCCAGACUGUGGGGGCCACAGAGACCCAAGAGAAGCCAGCACUGCUAGACUGAGGAACUUGUAAAUAUCUUCUGCCUUCUUGGUGAACAAGGAUAGAGACAAUUGCGUGUAUAUUGUGACUGUAGUUUGUGAAGAAUAUGCAAUGGUUCGCUUCGACAGCUCCCCAAAUGUACUUGUGAAGUGUGAAUGUGCCUGCCUCAUUGCCUUGUGUACCAAACACAGUGCUGAAUGCAUUGUUUUUAAAUAAACUGUUUUGUUGUGCUUUGGGAAA